ACGAGAAAGGACAUGUGUCUUUUUUAUGACGUGCUGGAAAAGUCACACAUCUACUUAUUCUUUGGCUUGUUCUCCGCCGGGAAUCUUUACCCUUGUGUUUAACUCUACAGCAUGAUAAAGAAGUCUGAGACGUUGGUCAUUUUCAUAGAUUGGAUAAAGAAGUACAAAUACAGGUUGAGAGCUCUAUCCAGUACUGCGAAGUAAAGAUACAGACACCAUAAAAGGUGUUAACUCAAUAUUACACAAAAUUAAAGGACGUGGCACACUUUACUAAUUUCCUCUUAUACAGUAUAUUGAAAUCCGGAGGUGUCGAAUCUGUUUCCUCAUAACCUAACGUAGCAGACGUAAAAGAAACGCAUGAAACUAGAUCCUGUACAAAAACCGGAAAAUCCAGUUGUUGGUGACUCGGCAGAGGGAUGUCUGCACUGCCUCGAUGCUGCAUCUGUCUAGAUGACUUCACCAGUCCAGUCUCUAUCCCCUGUGGCCAUCGCUUCUGCCUGGGCUGUAUCGGGGAGUACUGGAGACUCCAUGGUGCCUGCCAGUGUCCUCUCUGUAUGACAUGUUUCCCCAUAAGGCCACAGCUAAAAACGAAGCCAACCCUACAUAAUGUUGCCCCGUGGGAGGAAAACCAAGCCGCACUCAGAGCAGGUGAGGUGCCCUGCGAUAUCUGUCCAGAAAAGCGGUGUAGAGCAGUGAAGUCAUGUCUGGUGUGCCUGGCCUCGUACUGUGAGAUGCACCUGGAGCCUCACUACAUGGACUCGGCUCUAGGGCGCCAUCCACUGGUCACUGUGUGGAAGAACCUGGAUGAGCCUGUCUGUAGACUCCACGGGAGGAGGUUGGCCAGGUUUUGUCGGAGCGAUCAGACCUGCGUCUGUGCUAUGUGUGUCCAGACUGAUCACAGGGGUCAUCGGGUGGUCACCAUCGCCAUGGAAGCAACAAAAAAGAAGGUUAAGCUAAAGAAGUCCAUGAUGAAGUUUCAGCAGAUGAUCCAGGAGAGACUGAAGAAGAUGGAGGACCUCCAACAGUCAGUGGAGCUCGUUGAAGUGACUGAAGAGAAACAGAAAGCAGCAGAGAGGCGGGCUGAAGGGUUCGUCAAAGAGAUGGAACAGGAAAUCACUGAGCUACAGAGGAGAAGCACUGAGCUGGAGCAGCUCUCACACACUGAGGACCACCUCACCCUUCUACAAGUCAGUGUCCCCAUUUCCUGUCUUUAUAAAUCAAAUGUUAACAUUUUUGGCCAACAUAUAUAUAUAUAUAGAUUUAAUUUCACAACACAAACAAGCCCAAACAACAAGUUGUUACUCUUUUUGAUGGGUUUCCCCCCUCUACAUAUAGAGAUUUCCAUCAUUGUCCACUCCUCUACACUACAAGGACUGGUCACACAUCAUCAAGUCCCUGAUCCAAGAACUACAGGAGAAACUAGAAAUAUCCUCAAAAGAUAGUAGAAAACUACAUUGAGCCUCCUCUAAAAUAAGACAUGUCUUUUUACUCAGGAACAUUUUUGAUUGUUUAACGUGAUUCAACCUUUUUGUCUGUCCUCAAGUGAUUUUUACAAUGAGAAAUAUCGGGAACUAUUUAUUUAUUGUGACCUUGACUUACCAUUUUACCAAAGGAAGUGCGACUUUAAUGGGUAUCGUUUAUGUUUAUGUCGAGUUCAUCAUUGUGCCUAUCCUAUCCACAGUGUACAGUCAUGGUUGAUUAUUUAUGUCUUGUUACAAUUUGACCAGAGUAAAAGUGAAUGUGAUUUAUUAAAAUAUAUAUAUAUCA